CAGACUAUGGCUUUUCACCAUAAUUUUAGUCAGGUUUUUAACAAAAAAGGGCAAUUUCAUUGCGAGUUUUAUGCAGAUAAAUUUAAAAUUUCUUUUCCGUGUAGUUUUGAUGGACGUUUUCAUGGUAAAAGUGGGACCCUGGGACAUGAUGACAUGAAAACUAAAAAUGGGACCCCAGAACAUGAUUAUCAUGACUCAGAAUGGCGUCGCUAUAACUCAGUAUUUAUAUUGGGCUGGCGAAGAGGACUGCUCAGUCUAUUCUAGUCUGUCUUCUAUAACUCAAACCCUAUUCUACUUUUUGCCCUAUUGCGUGCAUGACAUUUUUGUGGUCAGAUAUGUGGUUUCACCUGAGCACAUCCAAGACAUAAAACAUUGUGCCAAAGAAAUGUUAAACCAAUAUAUUGGACAGUGAUUGGAAAUAUUUUAAGCAAAAUAUUACAAUAAUUCAAUGACAACUUUCAACGUGUUUUUUUCUUUUAUCAGGUCGACAUCAACAGGGAAAUUUUUCAACAAGUCUUUGAAACAGUAUUACAAAACCUUACCAAGUAUAAGCGAAGUAUUUUUUAUUUUCAAAUUUAAAAAUUAUAUUCCUGAAAAUGGUAAGUGAACCGGAAACUACUUUCUUUCAGUUUUUCUGCUUCCUCUCGUGUCGGACCUCGUGUUGAGUUCACUGUGUCCGACACUCGCGAUAUUGAGCCAGCAUGAUUUCGGUCAGUAAAUAACAGCAACAGAAUGAAUUCGAAAUUUCGAAUGUUGCAAUAAUGUCACAGAUGUCAAUAUGGAAGAACUAGCUGUCGAAGUGCGAUCUCAAAGUGGAGGGUAUUAUAAGGCAUAUGUAAAGAACAUACAUACGGAAGAUGUGUCUAUUGCCCGUGCUGAUGAUUGGAGUAAUCCCGUGCGGGUGCCAUUUGCUGAUGUGCGCUUACCUCCACCGCAAUCCAACAUACGUUGUGAGUUUUAUGUUGAUGAUUUAAUCGAGGUUCUUUCAAGAGCUCAAGAAAACGAUCCACUCUGCUGGUGGUUGGGAAGAAUUGUGUCAAAGAAAGGGGAGUUUUACGUAAUUCAGUAUGUUGGUUGGGAUUCAUCCUACAAUGAAAUUGUCCCUCGAGAAAAAAUAAGGCCAUGUAACAACAACGCGGGAAUCACGAGAUCCAUGUACAGUAAAUGUAUUAUUGAUGUGCCUCAAGACCUGCAACAAAUAUGUAAAGAUCAGAAUGUCCAUCGAGAAUUCAAACAUCAAAGUGGCGUUGGUUUAGUUGUCUACAACGAUGAACUGGCAAAUCUUAUUUGUUUGUCUCGUUCUGAAAGAACAGUGAAGAAAGCUGCAGUCCUCAGCGAGAUGCAUUUUAGAAGUCUACGAACGAGACUUUUACUACAAAGUUGGAUAAACGAUACAGCCAGUCAACUGCAGCUUGCUCAAACCCAAUUUGGUAUUGUUGAAGUUUUAAAGCUCCCAGAUAAUUUGAUGGGACUGGCCAUAGGAGCACAGGGAGCAAAUAUCCAAAAGGCCAGAAAACUUCCUGGAAUUCGAUCUAUCGAAGUAGAUGAAGAAAAAUGCUCUCUUCAUAUCUCUGGGGAAAAUGAAACAUGUAUUAAACAAGCAGUCAGUCUUCUAGACUUUGCUGAGGAAAUAGUUUCCGUUCCAAAGACAUUUGUUGGGAAAGUUAUUGGCAAAAAUGGUAAAAUUGUUCAAGAUAUUGUUGAUCGUUCAGGAGUUGUUCGUGUUAGAAUCGAACCACCAGAAAAUAAAAAUUCUGUUGCAACUGACGAAGAACAAACGAAAUGUGCUAAAAAAGAAGUUAAUUUUUUGUUUGUUGGCACACGUGAUAGUAUUGACAAUGCAAAGAUGAUGCUCCAUUAUCAUUUAAGUCAUUUAGAGGAAGUUGCGAGAAUUAAGAAGGAGAAAGAAAAUUUAGAACAACAAUUGAAAAACAUGGGACUAACACCCCAGAAUGGUCCAUCAUAUUUACCUUCACUGGCUGAGAUGAGAAGUGGUCCUAAUGUUGUCUUAUCUGGUAUACCUUUGGAACCAGCUAGUAGAGAUCGUUCUUAUACCACAGACAGUUACGCUGGUGAUUUGAAUGUAGCCCCUGAAUUCACAAGUAAUAGAAGUGACGAGAUGGACUUAGGACCAAGAAUUCGCACAAGCAGUAUGGGAGAGGGCGCUGUUGAGACAAGGGACUUGAGCACUGUUAAAGCAGGAAGUCGAAGUUUGAGAGGAAUACUUGAAGAAAGAGAAGACGGUAAACAUUUGUCUGUCCAUAAUGGAGCCAGAACAACGGAUUCUCUUUCUCCAAAUUUUGAGCGCAGAAAUUCUCAAAAUAACCAAAGAGAUCGCUCAUCCAGCGAUGGUGCUCUCGGGCUGGUGAAGCAAAAAUAUCGUCAUGAACGCAAAGGAAUAAAUGACAACUGGCGACAUCCAGUUGAUGAGAAAAAAGAACAAGGAAUUACCAGAGCGAAUAGUAAUGUGGAAACACGCCAUGAUAGCGCCAAGCUACAGGAGAAGCAUUCUGGAGAAAACAAUCAUGGAAAUUUAAAACGGAAUAACUAUUCAGGAACAAACAACAGGAAUAGUUUAAAACGAAAUGCCAAACAUGACGACAAGAAGAAUAAUUCUGAGGGAGACAAAGCUGGUAAAAGACCUGGGAACGAAGAAAAGUUUCCGAAAAGCGAGGACAAAAAUACGAAGAAAGUGAAUAAGAACAAUAACGUCGAUACAAAACCUGGGUCAGAAAAACCAGCCCAAAAUGAAUAAAAUAUAUAUUUAUGUAAGACAUAAUGCAGUGGAAUAUUCAUCAUGUAAAUAUAGACACUCAGAUUAUGAUUGUAGUACAGACCAUGCAAUCUUCUGGAAGAGGCUUGUCUUUUUGAUGGAGUUAAUAUAACAGUUUGUAAAAUAUUCGCAAUAUAUUAUGUGAUUAAUUAAAGUGAAUAUCAAUUCAAAUAUAAAUGAUAGAAUCUUGGCAAUCUGUCUAUUUUGAGGAUUUGGGUCAAUAUAUUGCCCAUGAUUUGUCUUGACUGUCAUCAUAACUUGAAGUGACCGCAUCUGAUGCAAAAUUGUAAACUGUUUGAUACUCAAA